UGACAGGUAGAAACCGUGUGAAAAUUGUAAAUGCAGUAGGUAAAUCUGUAAAGCUAGUAAUGAAUUUUCAAGAAAUUGAUCAAAAUUGUUGUUUUAUAUGAGGAAUGUGUUAACAUAAUAUAAAUACAUAAUGGCAUUUCUAUGUCCAGUGCGAAUACGAAAAGGGAAAAAGAAGAAAUCCAGUAGCGGGGAUUCAGAAAAAGAUCUCUCAAGGCCAGGCUCUGGUUUAAGUCCUGGCAUGGGCCGCAUCACAGGCUCUGCAAGUAUUGAAACUCUAGUGAGGGUUGGCAUUGAGAAGGAACAUGGGCUCAGUCCAGAUUCCAAAAUGGUGGUUCUUCAUGACUUUGCACCUUGUGUUGAUGAUGAACUUGAGGUAAAAAGAGGGCAAAUUGUAAAUGUGUUGUACCGAGAAAAUGACUGGGUCUAUGUAAUACUAGCAGAGUCCAGAAGGGAGGGUUUCAUUCCACACUCAUAUUGCGCUCCGUGUGAACCCCAUGACCUUAAGAAAAAACUGCCCAGAAGUAGAUCUCCUACCGAUUUAGCACAUAGAGAUGUCUCACAGUUGUCCGUAUCAGAUGGAGCCACUAAUGUGGGCGAUGGUCACUCGGAGCUGGGCAGUGAAGGAGAAGCAUGUCCGUUCAGCAAAGACCCCUCAGGCCGUUACGUUGUACUGUACACAUUCACUGCCAGAGAUGAGAACGAUGUGGAUGUUGAAAGAGGAGAAUUUGUUACAGUGCUCAAUAGAGAAGAUCCAGAUUGGUAUUGGAUAGUGAGGAGUGAUGGACAAGAGGGAUUCAUACCGUCUGGUUUUGUUUAUCCAGCAGUGGUACAAGCUACCCAACAAGAGAACAGCCCACAGCUGCAAUCGCCGCCGGCUUCGAACCCCAACACGACGCUUCUGUCGGCCACCACCGGCCUCAGCCCCGCGCAAGACAGCGACGGACGGUACCACGGCACGGAGCUAGUCAUGCUUUACGAUUAUAAGGCGCAAGCGCCAGACGACUUGUCGGUGAAGCGCGGCGAGUGGGUGUACGCGGACCUCACGCAGCAGACGGUGGAGGGCUGGCUGUGGGCGCACGCUCCCAAGUCGCGGCGCUCCGGGUUCAUCCCCACCGCCUACGCGCGAGCUCCGCAUACUACUACACUAUAACUAAGGAAUAUCAAACCACUAUACUCGUACAGAUACAAAUAUGUGGUACUAUAAUAUGAUUUUCUAUGACUAUGCUACAAUUGACGCAGAAAGAGUAGACCCUAAAGCGCAGAAAAAUAUUUAAAAAAUACAAUACUCGCAUGCUGGAAUCUCUGCCCCUUGCAUGGCACACUCAACGUUAAUUUUAACUAGGGCUUUGAAUUAUGACGUGAAAUGGGACAGCGACAGUCUUUCGCUGAGUAUGAGUAAAAUUAACUGCAAACUUCUUCUGUUAAGUUUUGAACAGAACUGUUAAUUUAUAAAGAAUCAAUAAUUGAUAAAUUUAAUUUGUAUUUUAAUUGCCGUGUGGUUCCUGGGACCGGAAAAAAGAAUAGGACCACUCCAUUUCUUAACAAUGGAUGUCGUAAAAGGUGGCUAUCCCUUAGCCAUGCUUAUGAACUAGGCAUUUUUAGGCGAUGGGCUAGCAACCUGGCAUUAUUUGAAUCACAAUUCUAUCAUUGAGCCAAACAGCUGAACGUGGCCUACCAGUCUUUUCAGUACUGUUGGCUCUGUUUACUGUUGCAGGGGAUAUAAACGUGAUUUUAUGUAUGUAUACAUUUCAGCUCAAGCUAGACAAGAAAGCUUUUCAUCAUCAUUAUUAGAUCUGACAUAGUUUUAAAAGAAUAUGCCUUAAUCUUAGCCUUUUAGUUAUGGCCAUAACUUCGUCUUUUUAUUGUGUAAAUGUAAUAAAGAUUGUCUUCCGUAAGCUAAGUUUAAAUGUUGUGUACAUUUUCCGUCCAAAUUUGACUGGCUCAAUUUAUUUCGUAUGAAUAUUUUUACUAUUAAACUCAAGUUUACUACAUAUCGAUAUUUUUUACUGUGUAAGAUUAAAUGUUAUUAAAAUUUAA